AUGAGAAGACCAGAUGUUCGCAAAGGUAGGCACUGCAUCAGGCCGGAGAUUAGCCGCUCAUUCACCUUUGGCGAGGAGGGUGUUUCUGGAGGUCAGUUCUUCAAGCAACACUUGGGGAAGAUCAAGCUGAAUGAUGUGAUGGUGGAUUGGAGCAAGCAGGACUUGUCGCACCUGGCCUCGGCCCAGGCAUUCGAUGACUACCUUACAUCUCAGCUUCGCUCAGCAGCUGCCAUCAAUGUCGAGAACGUUGACAGCUACGCCGGCCAGUCAAAGGUUCUUCGAAUAGAGUACGAGGAUGCGAAGUACAAGGCUGUGGCGCAGAAGUUCAGCUUGAUGCCAGACGAGAAGGAGGGCGUCAGGCGGAUGAGUUACCGUGGCGUCAUCCCUUUGUCCUGGCACACCAACCGCAUCUACCUGCACACACGGACAUGGCCGCCUGGCGUGUCCAACUGA